GAGUGUAAAUCCAAGUAGUUCAAUUUUUUCACAGUGCUGCUGCACAACAACAAAUCGGUGCGCGUUAAUUCCUCAAAAUCAAAUCGUUCACAUUAAUUGCAAUAUUAUUAAUUGGCGCACAAGACUUAUGCAUAUGUAGCGAACGCACAAUAAUAUUCCACAUAUAAAAUGGCAACGCAAAAAAUGCUGGUGGAAAUAACAACGGAUGGCGUGCCGAAGCUUCACUGUCCCGUCUGCAACAAGGCGCUCGUCUCGCUGGCCGGCUACGUGAAGCAUGUAAAGAAACAUGAGCCGCCGGGCGGCUUUCAGUGCCGCUACUGUGAUGCCCACUACUGCCACGAGGAGGAACUGAAGCAGCACAUCAAGGAGACGCACAGCGCUUUUGUUUGCCGUUUGUGCGUCAGUGGCGAUGUCAUAUUCAGCAGCCUCGAGGAGCACGAUGCCCACAUCGAGGAACAGCAUCAGGAUAGCAAAUUCGAUGUUGAUCUCCAGCCGCCAGCGCCUGUCAGCGACAAGCCUUUCAAGUGUGAGAUUUGCGGCAAGUGUUUUGCGGAUCGCGAGAGCAGCCUGAAACAUCGUUCCGAGCACGCCAACUCGCUGCCAGUUGAAUGCAAAUGCUGCGCCAUGCGCUUCUCCUGCAUCUCCAGCCUGACCAAGCAUCAGCGCAGACGUCCAGACACUUGUGGUCGCCCGGAGGCACACAAAUAUCGCAAACGCUUAAGCGCGCCGACAGAGCCGCCAAAGGAUGUGGUGAAGAAGAAACGGGGCAGGCCAAGGAAAGCCCAAGUCAUCGCCGAGGAUAGCGACGAUGAUGAUGUGCCGCUGGCGAGCAGACUGAAAGUGACUGCGGCACCGGUGCUAAAGCAGGAAAUCAACAGCCAGGAGCUUAGCGAUUCGGCCGAGGAAUACCCAGACUUUGAGCCGAACAACAGCGAUGAUGAGCCGGAUGCAGCGCGUUUCAAGCUGCCAACGCCAGCGACCGUUAAGCAGGAGGCGAUCGAUCCGGACUUUGAGUACCAGGACGCGAGUCUGUUCGUUAAGGAGGAGGGCAGCGGCCUGGAUAUCUACAGCAGCGAGAAGGACAAGCUGCUCGAUGUGCUGCUCAACCAGGACGAGGGCCUCAAGCCCUUCGAGAAUCUGAAGGUGGAGCAUGCCACCGGCAGCGGUAUUCUCGAUGAGAUUGCGGCAGUGCCAAUGCUCAAGCACAACGGCACCGAGCACAUGGAGGAGGAUGUGCUGGCGCUACGCGAAACGGACGAAGAUGACGAUGACAAUGAUAAUGAUGACGACGAUGAGGAAUUCAUUGCUAGGGUGCCACGACAACGCCCCCUGACAAAAUUGGGCGUAAAGCGCAAAUAUCGCAAACGUGGCGAGAUGCCGAAUGCGGGAACAACGACAGCGGGAGCGGGACCUCGACGUGUGGCAAAGAUAACCAAAAAGGAGCUUAAGGAGCGCCUCAAAAUGCUGAGUAAAAUGGAAAAGUCGUGGAAGUGUCCGCACUGCGUCAAAAUUUAUCACAUCCGCAAACCGUACGAGAAGCAUCUGCGAGACGAUCACAAACUCAGCGAGCUGGCCAUCAAAGAGCUGUUCAAGGAUGUGGAUGCGCAUGCCAAGCUGGACGACGAGGUGUUCAAAUGCAAGAUAUGCAGUAAAAUCUAUUUGGUCGAGAAGCGACUGGAGACGCACAUGAAGGUGCACGGCCAGGAUGGCAGUCUGACGUUCAAGUGCCCGUGCUACUGCAAUCUGUUCUUUGCCAGCAAGGAGCUGGCCACCCAGCAUGCGCACGAGCUGCACAAGGAGCUGCUGUACUGCGAGAAGUGCGACAAGUAUAUGACCGGCCACGACAGCCUCAAGAACCACGAGAAGAACUAUCAUGCGCGCAAGGAGCCGCGCAAUCUGCCCCGUAAUCUCAUCUGCGAUAAGUGUGGCAAAAAGUUCACCGGACGCACUUCGCUCUCGGAUCAUGUGCGCUCCGAGUGCGGCCGGAUGCCGCUGUACGAGUGCAAGGUGUGCAACAAGCGGCUGUCGACAGCUGGCAUCCUCAAGACGCACAUGCUGCUGCACCAGUCGGAGACACCCUAUCAGUGCGACAAGUGCGGCAAAACGUUCAAGGUGAAGGCCCAAUACAAAUCGCAUCUAAAGACGCGCCACACCGACUACAAGCCGUACAAGUGCCAUCUGUGUCCCAAGGAGUAUCCAUAUCGCGAGAGCUUGCUUACGCACAUGACCGUGCACACGGGCAUCAAGCGUUUCCUGUGCAACAACUGUGGCAAGCGAUUCACAUGCAUCUCUAAUCUGCAGGCGCAUCGCAAGGUGCACGCGGACACGUGCGGCCAGCUGCCGCUGAAUGCAAAGGCCACCCAAUAUAUGGGCGUGCAGCGGGGCAAGCUGUUGAUGGGCGCCAAGCCGGAGGCGGGCAUGGAAUAUGAGGAGACGAAAACGCUGAUCGCCCAGGAUGUGAUUGAUCGGGAUAUGCCGAUGGCGCAGGAACUCAACUUUCCAUCCGAUGGCAGUGCACCGCUGGCCACCGUGCCCCUCAACUAUGCCUCGUCGCAUCUGGUGCCGCAUAUCGUGCUGCAGACCAUGCAGGCCGAGGCCCGCAAAUAGAAUUCGAUUUAGUUUCCUUAGGCUGCUAUUGAUUAAGCAUACUAAUAAUAACUACAACUAUAAUGAUAAUAAUAAUAAAGACGCUUUUGUAUAUUCCAUAAUUGU